CAGAAAGGAGCUGCAGCGGGCGCCACUGCAAUGUCAAGGCAAGGCAGCCAGGCUGCGCUCUAUCCUCACUGGUGCCUGGCCCUGGCUAGGCCGGGAGAAGCUGCAUUCUCUAGGGAAAGAAGCCUUCUCAAGUGGGAACAAAAAUGAGUGUGAGGCCAACAGCCAUCCCGGGCACUAUGUGAAUUUGGGCUCCACAGCACCUGUUGCCUUCAUUAGCAGCUUUUCCUCCUCUUCCCUGCACUCCCCAGAACCAAAGAAUGUGAAGGGGGUCCAUGGAGGGCUCACGUCCCCGCGCCCCGAGCGGCCACUUAGCGCCGUCGCCGCCGGCUUUCGACGGCGAGCUGGAUUUGCAGCGAUACUCCAACGGGCCAGCCGUGAGCGCAGGGUCGCCCGGGAUGGGAGCGGUGAGCUGGUCUGAGAGUCGUGCAGGCGAACGGCGCUUCCCCUGCCCUGUAUGCGGGAAGCGCUUCCGGUUCAACUCUAUCCUGGCUUUGCACCUGCGGGCGCACCCAGGCGCCCAGGCCUUCCAGUGCCCACACUGCGGCCACCGCGCGGCGCAGCGGGCUCUGCUGCGCUCGCACCUGCGCACACACCAGCCCGAGCGCCCACGUAGUCCUGCUGCACGCCUGUUGCUGGAGUUGGAAGAGCGCGCGCUACUACGCGAGGCUCGACUGGGGAGAGCCCGAAGCUCAGGGGGCAUGCAGGCCACCGCUGCCACUGAGGGCUUGGCGCGGCCCCAGGCUCCUUCAUCGUCCGCCUUCCGUUGCCCCUACUGCAAAGGCAAGUUUCGCACCUCGGCGGAGCGCGAACGCCACCUGCACAUCCUGCACAGGCCCUGGAAGUGCGGCCUGUGCAGUUUCGGCUCCAGCCAGGAGGAGGAGCUGCUGCACCACAGCCUGAUGGCCCACGGGGCUCCCGAGCGCCCCCUGGCGGCCACCACCGCUGCGCCUCAGCCUCAGCCUCAGCCUCAGCCUCAGCCUCAGCCUCCACUCCAGCCCGAAACUAGAUCAGUCCCGGAGCCGGAGCCCGAGCCCGAACGUGAGGCAACCCCAACCUCAGCUCCUGUCGCUCCCGAGGAGCCCCCAGCACCUCCGGAGUUCCGCUGCCAAGUGUGCGGCCAGAGCUUUACACAGUCUUGGUUUCUCAAGGGCCACAUGCGUAAGCACAAGGCCUCCUUCGAUCAUGCGUGUCCGGUGUGCGGCCGCUGCUUCAAGGAGCCCUGGUUCCUUAAGAACCACAUGAAGGUGCACGCCAGCAAGCUGGGCCCACUGCGUGCCCCGGGGCCUGGCUCCGGGCCUGCCCGGGCCCCCCAGCCUCCUGACCUCGGCCUGCUGGCCUAUGAGCCGUUGGGCCCAGCGCUCCUCCUGGCCCCAGCGCCCACCCCGGCCGAGCGCCGUGAGCCCCCGAGCCUCUUGGGCUACCUGAGCCUGCGAGCUGGCGAGGGCCGGCCCAACGGCGAGGGUGCUGAGCCCGGGCCCGGCCGCAGCUUCGGAGGCUUCCGCCCGCUGUCCUCUGCUCUCCCGGCCCGGGCUCGCCGGCACCGUGCAGAGGAGCCGGAGGAAGAAGAGGAGGUGGUGGAGGCCGAGGAGGAGACCUGGGCCCGGGGCAGGUCGCUGGGCCCUCUGGCUUCCCUGCAUCCGCGCCCGGCUGAGGGACCGGGGCACUCUGCCCCUGCUGCUGGGGCCCCGGCAAGAUCGACCACCACGCAGGAAGAGAAUGGGCUGUUGGUUGGAGGGACCCGGCCUGAAGGGGGCCGGGGUGCCACCGGCAAGGAUUGUCCCUUCUGCGGAAAAUCUUUCCGCUCAGCACAUCACCUCAAAGUGCAUCUGCGAGUGCACACAGGCGAGCGGCCCUACAAGUGUCCGCACUGCGACUACGCGGGCACCCAGUCCGGCUCGCUCAAGUAUCACCUACAGCGCCACCACCGGGAGCAGAGGAGCGGGGCCGGCCCUGGGCCACCCCCGGAACCACCGCCUCCUUCCCAGCGGGGUUCAGCCCCGCAAUCUGGAGCCAAGCCGCCUCCACAGCCUGCGACCUGGGUGGAGGGUGCCUCAAGCCCCCGGCCUCCUUCUAGCGGUGCUGGGCCGGGGUCCCGUCGGAAGCCCGCCAGCCCUGGGAGGACCCUGCGCAACGGGCGAGGUGGUGAGGCCGAGCCCCUGGACCUGUCCUUGCGGGCAGGGCCGGGAGGCGAGGCCGGGCCGGGGGGUGCCCUCCACCGCUGCCUCUUCUGCCCUUUCGCCACUGGAGCCCCAGAGCUCAUGGCCUUGCACCUUCAAGUGCACCACAGCCGCCGGGCUAGGGGCCGCCGGCCACCCCAGGCUGACGCGUCCUCGCCCUAUGCCCGAGUACCAUCAGGAGAGACCCCUCCCAGUCCUUCGCAGGAAGGGGAGGAGGGCUCCGGGCUGUCCAGACCCGGAGAGGCAGGGCUAGGGGGGCAAGAACGGUAGUGAGCCCUCAGGGGCGAUUAGCUUAGUGAGCUUACCCCGCCGGAGCGGGGGAGCGCUAGAGGUAGUUGGGUAGAGAAGCCAGCAGGGGGCAGCGUGGGACCCAUAUCCCAGCCCCAGGCGGACCAGAGGUGGAAGGGGCGGCGGGCGUAGGAGGGUGGGCUGGCGGUACCCACCCAGCCCAAGGGAGUCACAGUGCCUUAGAAGUGGCAGAGGUGAGGGUCAAAGAACGGGGUCCCUGGGCUGGCAGAGAGGGUUUGUGUCCCUGUUGAGGAGCCACUCUGCCAGUCUUUGCUGGUCCAUAGGCGUGAGAGUUUAUUUUUGUACAAGGGGUGAGGGUGGGGAGCACUGUACCCUUCUAGCCCCAUCAGGGGCCCUGUAGACGUCGCUAUUUUUGGUACGAUUCCUGUCAUCCCUGUUGCAGAGUCGUGUCCCCAAUAAACAGGUGUCGUGAGGCACAGGGCCCCGUGUCUGUCUGCCUACCUA